CCUUUUCGACUCCGAUUCUUUUCAUCCUUCGAACCUCCUGUGUGGUGCUUAGCAUCCCAGUCCUACGUUUUUUUUUUCCCGAUCGAUUUCGAAAGAAUAAUAUCAUAACACACAAUGGCUUUCGGACCCCCUAGAGGCGGACGUGGCGGUGGCCGUGGUGCUCCCCGUGGCGGCGGUGGUGGUCGAGGUGGCUUUGGAGGUGGUGCUCCCCGUGGCCGUGGUGGUGGCUUUGGAGGUGGUGGCCGUGGUGCCCCCCGUGGUGGCCGUGGUGCUCCUCGUGGUGGCCGCGGUGCUCCCCGUGGUGGCCGUGGUGGUGGUAAGCCCGGUGCCCGUGGUGGUGCCAAGGUGGUUGUCGAACCCCACCGUCACGCUGGUGUCUUCGUCGCCCACACCGGCAAGGAAGAUCUGCUGGUCACCAAGAACCUGACUCCCGGUGAGGCCGUCUACGGCGAGAAGCGUAUCUCGGUCGAGGGUCCCGCCGGCGACGAGGGCGCCGUGACCAAGACCGAGUACCGCGUGUGGAACCCCUUCCGCUCCAAGCUGGCGGCCGGUAUCCUGGGUGGUCUGGACGACAUCUACAUGCGCCCGGGCUCCAAGGUGCUGUACCUGGGUUCCGCCAGCGGUACCUCGGUCAGCCACGUCGCGGACCUGGUCGGUCCCACCGGUAACGUCUACGCCGUCGAGUUCUCGCACCGCUCCGGCCGUGACCUGAUCGGCAUGGCCACCCACCGCACCAACGUCAUCCCCAUCGUCGACGACGCCAGACACCCGCUCCGCUACCGCAUGCUCGUGCCCAUGGUCGACGUUAUCUUCGCGGACGUUGCCCAGCCCGAUCAGGCCCGUAUCGUCGGCCUGAACGCCCACAUGUUCCUCAAGGCCGAGGGCGGUGUCAUCGUCAGUAUCAAGGCCAACUGUAUCGACAGUACCGCCAAGCCCGAGGUCGUCUUCGCCCGUGAGGUCCAGAAGAUGAGAGACGAGAAGAUCAAGCCCCGGGAGCAGUUGACUCUGGAGCCCUUCGAGCGUGACCACUGUAUAGUGUCGGGUCUGUACAAGCGUUCUGGAUGAAAAGCUAUUUGACGUUUCCUAAUUUGGUUUUGUUUGAUUUUUUUUCUUCUAUCUUUCUUUCUUUUUUUUAUCCUGGCGUCGAGUGUUUGUGAUAUGCCGAAAUGUUUUAUUUACUUUAUGCUUCUUUCCUUUAAUCUUUGUGUCGAGGUUUCUUACCUGUAUUUUUGGUUUGAAUCAAGAAAGUUAGACUGGGA